AUAUUAGCUAUAGCUAUGGCAAAUGUAAUGCUACUAAAGUUUAAUGCUUUGUAAGUGGUUUCAAAUUAGAAAUUAUCCUUGAACGAAAGAUAUGGGGACACGAAAAGUUUUGGUGACCGGAUCCUCCUCUGGAAUUGGUUUGGCGCUGGCUGUCCGUCUCGCAAAAGAUAAAUUAAGGCGCUUCAAAGGUAAGAAGACUCUGGAGAGAACAGCUGGAAAAUCCCUCAACAUAUCGCUGGAGAUCCGACAGCUGGAUGCCACCUGUGAGGACUCCAUCAGAGAGUGUGUCAACAGCUUAACAGAUCGACAAGUGGAAUGGAUGUUGAAUAAAACCGGUGUGGGUAUGAUUGGUCCUUUGGAGUGUCAGAAUGUAAGUGCUAUGCAGGAACUCUUCAACACUAACUUCUUUGGGCUGGUGAGACUGGUAAAGGAACUGCUGCAUGACAUGAAGCGGUGUCAGAGUGGACACAUCAUAGUGAUGGGCAGCGUCCUGGGAAUCCAGGGACUACUUUUCAAUGAUGUAUAUGCUGCCUCUAAAUUUGCUGUAGAGGGGUUUUGUGAGAGUCUUGCCGUGCAAGCUAUGAAGUUCAAUGUCAACAUGACGUUAGUGGAGCCAGGCCCAGUUGUAACGGAGUUUGAGAAGAAAGUGUAUGAAGAGGCAGAGAAGAUGGAUCUCUCAGAGACUGACGAGGAGACAGCUCGCAUCUUCCGUCAGAUCUACCUGAAAUAUUCACAUGAAGUUUUUUACUCAGUAGGCCAGACACCUAAGGAAGUGGCAGAGAAAACUCUCCAGCUAAUUGUGUCCAAAAACCCUCCAUUUCGUCAUCAGACCAAUCGUUUGUACAGGCCACUGACUGCCACGAAGCAUGCUGAACCUACAGGGCAUCUACCCAUAGAUCCAUUCUAUAAAUUGAUCUUCCAGCAUGACCAUAUGUUCAAUGCUAGUCUGAGUAUUCUACGCAUACUUCACAGGAGAAUGGGUGCUGCCUAAAAAGCUCUCCAUUGAUUCUGAUGAAGAAAAACUUUACAAAACCAUUUCAGAGACAGUUUUAUGCCCCAAAAAUGGGUCAGUGCUCAAUGCAAAUAAUAAAAUGCAGCAAAAACAGAUAGCAUAGCAGCAGGUUUACUAUUAUGACGGUUUGCAAUUUGAUGUCUAAUGUAAAGUCUGGAAUGGAUACUGAAGCAGUGUUCUAUCUUUAACCUCAAGACAACUGUAAUAAUCAUGAAUACAUGAAGUACAUAAUGUUUAGAUGCAAACUGCAGUGUAACAGCUCUAGUGUCCUUUUCAUGUUGUAAUGCUUUUUUACCAGUCAAGGAGCUGUAUUUAGAAUUUAGAAACCCUUCUUAUUAGUGGUGGACGUUAAGUGAACUGCAGCCAGCAAUUUAUAUGCUCGUGCUUGCCCUAGUGCACAUGUACAAGAGACUUAAGGCCAUUCAGUGCCCGAUAUACUCAUGAAGUACUUUUUUAGUUCUUUGCUUAGAAGUAAAAUAAUGCUGGAAAUAAAUUGGCUACCAAA